CCCCUUUCAACGUGCUCUUUAGACGACAUCCCAUCAACGUGGCAAGAAAAUAGCCUCUAUCUCCAUCACGAGAACAAACGCCACGUGUAUUAUAAAUAAUCAAGUAUUUUCAAGCUCAGUUUUUGUGUCCAACAACCAAUCAAAAUGCAAAACUUCUCAAUCCAACGGUUAGAACUCGAGGACCACAAUAACCAACUAAUACUACAGGGGCAAAAUAAAACUCCCCCACCAAGAAUUUUACGUUAUUCAGUUGAAGAAUGGCUUCUCGGAGUUUAAGCUUACUUCAAACGACAACUCCGUACAUUUCUUCGAGAACCCAUAUCGAUUUCAGUUCCAAAUCCAAGGUUGUCGUGUUGGGUUGUCAAGGAAUAGCAAAACCCAGAAAGCUUUGCUUCUCGGUUCGCGCAAUGGGCUCCUCUGCUUCUUCUUCUUCUUCGAAACCUGAGAGCACUCAAGGUUCAGUUGACUUUAAAUCUAUUAGUGAUGAAGAAUGGAAGAAGCGGCUUACAGGGGAACAGUUUUACAUCACUCGUCAAAAAGGAACGGAAAGGGCAUUCACAGGAGAGUAUUGGAACACCAAAACUCCUGGAACUUACCAUUGCAUGUGUUGUGAUACACCUUUAUUUGAAUCAUCUACUAAAUUUGACAGUGGAACCGGUUGGCCAUCUUACUACCAGCCUAUAGGAAACAAUGUGAAGUCAAAGUUAGACUUGUCGAUCAUUUUCAUGCCUCGCGAGGAAGUUCUUUGUGCUGCUUGUGAUGCUCAUCUUGGCCAUGUCUUCGAUGAUGGACCACCCCCCACCGGGAAGCGUUAUUGUAUCAAUAGUGCCUCUCUGAAACUUAAACCAAAGUAGGAUGAAAGCCAGGAAAGCGGUCCUUGCGAGCAGAAUACAAGAAUGUGGCUAAGAUUAUUAGGUGAAGCACUUCGGAAUAUCUUCACUUCCUGCCUUUUAUGGUUUUUACCUCUGAAAAGACUGUGAAUGAUAAUUAUUCUAUUUUUUGUUCUUUUUGGCAAUAACAAAGUCUAAAAGUUAUCAUAAUACAAGCUUAUGGUUUUAUGUAUAUUGGCUCUAAAGCUUGAUGGUUAGUGUUAAUA